CCCUCCACACACAACAUCACCGCCCUAGGGGGGACGUUCGACCACCUACACGCCGGUCACCGGAUCCUCCUCUCCUCCUCGCUCCUCCUCACCCAAUCCCUCGUAGUAGGGCUCACCUCCCCUCUCCUCCUCCAAUCGAAGAAGCACGCGGAACUGCUUCAGAGCCUGGAGAUGCGCACGAGAGCGGUACAGGAGUUUUGUACCCUGUUUAGGCCGAGUGUGAGGGUUAGGUGUGUGGAGAUUAGGGAUGUGGCGGGGCCGACGGCUUGGGAUCGGGGGAUUGACGCGCUUGUCGUUAGUCGUGAGACAGUAGCAGGGGCCGAAGCGAUAGCGACCCUCCGCGCACAAGCCUCCCUCCCCCCACUCGAAGUCUACGUCAUAGACGUCAUCUCC